AUGCCUUCAACUCACAAAAAACCGAAGCCUUGGGAUACGGAUGACAUUGAUAAAUGGAAGGUCGACACCUUCACUCCCAAGGAUAAUGCUGCCGGCGCAUUCCUCGAAGAGAGUUCCUUUGCCACCCUCUUCCCCAAAUACCGCGAAGUCUAUCUGAAGGAAGCAUGGCCUCUGGUUACUCGCGCCCUCGAAAAACACGGAAUUGCCUGCACGCUCGAUUUGGUUGAAGGUUCUAUGACCGUGAAAACUACUUUACGGACGUAUGAUCCCGCCGCCAUUCUCAACGCACGCGACCUCAUCAAGCUCCUGGCUCGCUCCGUCCCCGCCCCUCAAGCUAUCAAGAUCCUCGAAGAUGGUGUUGCCUGUGAUGUGAUCAAGAUACGCAACUUGGUUGGAAGUCGUGAGCGCUUCGUCAAACGUAGACAACGAAUCCUUGGACCCAAUGGUUCAACUCUCAAAGCGCUUGAAUUGCUCACAGAAACAUACAUCCUGGUCCAUGGAAACACAGUCUCCGUCAUGGGACCCUACAAGGGCCUGAAAGAAAUUCGACGUAUCGUGGAAGAUUGUAUGGCGAACCUCCACCCAAUUUAUAGUAUCAAAGAACUGAUGAUAAAAAGGGAGCUCGCAAAGGAUCCCGAGCUUGCCAACGAGAGCUGGGAUCGUUUCCUUCCCAACUUCAAAAAGAGGACUCUCAGCCACAGACGUGUUCCCCACAAGGUCACCGACAAGGCCAAGAAGACAUACACACCAUUCCCUCCAGCUCCCGAAAAGAGCAAGGUGGACAAGCAAAUCGAGACUGGCGAGUAUUUCCUGGCCAAGGGCGACAAGAAGCGUGCUUUACACGAGGAGCGCAAGGAGAAUCAGAGCAAGCGAAAGGAGGAGAAGGCAAAGGAGCGAGAGGCCGAGUUCGUCCCACCGCAAGAGGGCCGUCCCAAGAAGAAGCGCAAGAAGACGGAAGAGUAA